GUGGCGCAGGCGCAGUGGCUCGGCGACGCGCCGGGGGUGGUAGCCCGCUCCGCCUUGGCGGACGGGGUCACGCCAGCGCCCCUCGCCGGCCCGGCCCCUCCGGGCCGCCGCGGAGGGAGCGAUGCCUCGCUACUGCGCGGCGAUUUGCUGUAAGAACCGUCGGGGACGGAACAGUAAGGACCGGAAGCUGAGUUUUUACCCGUUUCCUCUACAUGACAAAGAAAGACUUGAAAAAUGGUUAAAGAAUAUGAAACGAGAUUCAUGGGUACCCAGUAAAUACCAGUUCCUGUGUAGUGACCAUUUUACUCCUGACUCUCUUGACAUCAGAUGGGGUAUUCGAUAUUUGAAACAAACUGCAAUUCCAACAAUAUUUUCUUUGCCUGAAGACGAUCAGGAAAAAGACCCUUCCAAAAAAAAAUCUCAGAAGAAAAAAUUAGAUGAUGAGAAAGAAGUGUGCCUAAAAGCCAAGUCACAAGAAUCAUUUGCUUCAAAUGAGUUAAAGAAAAAUACAGUUAAUACAAAUAUUCUCCUUGAACACACAGAAUUAUGUAAUUCAUCUACUUUGGUGAAGCCACCAGCUCCCAAACCAGAAUGUAUACAAAAUAACGUAUUAACUCUUAAUCUGCUUAAACAAGAUAUUGGAAUACCAGUAUCUACCUUGGAAACUUCAGUUACCCAAGACAUAGAUAUAGGUGGUUUUCACACAUCUUUUGAGAAUCUAAAUUCUACAACUAUUACCUUGACAACUUCAAACUCAGAAGAUGUUCAGCCAUCUUUGGAAACCCAAGAAGUGUUUGAAAUAACUGCGAAUCAUCUUGCUAACCCAAACUUUACAAAUAAUUCCAUGGAAAUUAAGUCCGCACAGGAAAGUCCAUUUUUACUCAGCACAAUUACUCAAACAGUCGAAGAGUUAAAUACAAAUAAAGAAUCUGUUAUUGCCAUUUUUGUACCCACAGAAAAUUCCAAACCAAUUAAUUCAUUUGUAUCUGCUGAAAAAGAAACUGUGGAAAUGGAAGAUCUAGACAUUGAAGACUCCUUAUAUAAGGAUGUAGACUAUGAGACAGAAGUUUUACAAAUUGAACAUUCUUACUGCAGACAAGAUAUAAAUAAGGAACAUCUUUGGCAGAAAGUUUCUAAACUACAUUCAAAGAUAACUCUUCUCGAGCUACAAGAACAACAAACUCUUGGAAGAUUGAAGUCUUUGGAAGCUCUUAUAAGGCAGCUAAAACAAGAAAACUGGCUAUCCGAAGAAAAUGUCAAGAUUAUAGAAAAUCAUUUCACAACAUAUGAAGUUACUAUGAUAUAGAGUGUAAAGAGUUUAACACUAUGACUUUUAUAUAAGCUUUUUGCAGCCAAACUAAAUUAUAUGUAACUUUUUCCGGUAUAAAGUUCUCAUCUUAAGCUAAGAAAAUGUUCUAAUGUUAAAAACUGCAUCCCGUUCUUGUAGUGUUCAUUAUUAAGAAAAACAAGAGAGUUGUUGGACUGUAAAGAAGAAGUUUCACCACUUGGUAAUCUUCUAAAUUAAAGUUAAAAUAGAGUGAAUAAGUAAUAUGAUUCAUAAAAUGGGAGAACAUGGAGAUGGUGAAAGGAGCCCAGAAGAGAAAUCAGGCUUGGAUAUCAGUGCCAGUUCUACCUUUGGCAUGUGAUUUGGGCGAAUUACUUUGAAGCCUCAGUCUGUAAUCUGUACAAUAAGGGCACUUACAAAAUCUAGUCUGUUUAUAGUUCCUUUCCUUUGUAUUAAGAUACUUUUUUAAUAGAACAACUUUUUGGUAAGAUAAUACAUACUUACAUAAUACUAGAUGUUGGCUAGUAUUUGAUGUUAUUUGCUAUUGGAUUAUCCUCAGAAUUGAAUUCUGUGGUAUUUGACUUGUUGACUAUAGUUAUUUGUAAUAAUAGUACUCCUUUUAUAAUUUUAUUCCACUUGAGUGAUAAUAACCAUUAGUCCGGUUCAUAGGGGAAGUACUUUAAACUUCAAAGAAUAUGUAUUUCAAUACCCUAUAUGUAGCUGACCAUCAUAAUACAUAGUCAGGUAAUCUCCUUAACAUUCUAUAUUUAAAAAAAAUAUUCUAUAUUUAAGGUUAUAAUUUAUAAACCAAAAAUUGUAAUGAGGUUAAUUUUUAAAACUAUGUAGAUUACUAUAUUUUAGAAAUCAUAACUUAUAUAUAAUGUGUAGCUUUUUUAAAUGUGUGCUUUUGUCAUUUUUAAAUUCCAGAAUGAUAGAGUACUAUUUAAUAUUAUACAUGCCCACUUACAUAUAUGUAUUUUAUUAAAAUUUAUAAGCAAGAAACUGUAUAUCUGGAGUGAUCUUAGACAAGCAAGAAAGGAAUGAUGGUGAUGUAAAUAAAAAUAUUGCUUAUACCCAUGAGAAUUUUUUUUUAAGUGUGAAAAAGACAGUGGGAACAGCAGAAAUGUAGAAAAUAAUGAUUUAAAAUUGACAGUUAAUAUAAUUGAAUAUGUUACUGAUUAUAGUAUUGAGCAAGUUCCUAUCAGUUCUUAUCACACUUUUCCUUGCCUUUUUUAUAAAAAAAUACUACUACUUAAUCUCAAAGGAGUGUUUUGAGAAUUCAAUGAAGUAACAUGUUUUUGGUUCUGGAAAAUAGGAGGUGCUCAAUAAACAUUAGUUGACUGCACAGCAGAUAGUAUACUAAUUGUUUUGUAAAUUCAUGGUGAUUAUUUUUGGCCACACUUUAUUUUUUUCAAGCUAAUACAAUUCAUUGGUAUUAUAUAAUAUGUAUCUUAAAUAUGAAAAGUUAAUUUAUUGGUAUCUUUAUUAUGGGAGAAAAAAAACCAUAGAUUUUUGCAUAAAUUAGGUACAGAUAAUUGGUAGAAUUAAUGUAUUUAAGUAUUCCCAUGCUCCAUUUUACAAUAUUUAUUUGAAAUAAUUAUUGUAGAUGAAAAUAACUUUAAUAAGUCAUUAUAAAAUAAUGUUUCAACUCUGUUUUUACCUGUGCGUAUUGUAUUUAUUUUCUCUUUAUUUAAAGUUGUAGUCUACUCAGGAAUAAUUUAAACUGGUUGUAUUUCUUUAAACUUAAUAAAUUAUAAAUAUUUAAGAUAUUUUCUUGGCUUGCCUAUGUUCAAUUCAGGGUGUUUCAAGCCUUUUAACUUCUAUAUUUGGGGGUUCUGGCCAACUCUAUUUCUUAUUUGGAUUAUUUUAGUCUCUUAGCUAAUCUUACCAGUGUUUUCAGUCCCUUCCAUAUUCUAGAUUUUGCUGUUAGCUUUUUCCUUCAACUAUAGAUCUAACUAUAUCAUCCACUCACUACUUGACUUUCCCAGAAAUCUGAAAUUACUCUUCAAUAUAGAAUAAAGCCAAGCUUCUUACCAUA